GCUCCCCAUACUUACGCACCCCCAGAUUUCAACUCUCUCUCCCCAGAUUUCAACUAGCUCAUCUAGGAAUCACAGAAAUGCCUGAUGAAGAGGUGAUAUUGGAAAACGCCACAGAUCAUCAAGAAGUUCCAGAUCAUCAUCAGAAUCAGGAGCUCAAAUCCAAGAAACUUUCAUGGCAAAAGCUGCGAAGAUACGACUCCUUGGACCUCGAGUCACGCAGUUUCACUGCUCACCAUGGCCAUGCCUCCAAGGGUGCAGAGUGGUCGGUGAUAUUGCACCUAGCAUUUCAGAGCAUUGGAAUAGUUUAUGGGGACAUCGGUACAUCACCUCUCUAUGUGUAUUCAAGCACCUUUACCAAAGGCAUCAAUCAUGAUGACGACAUUUUGGGUGUUCUUUCUUUGAUCCUAUACACCCUCACCUUAAUCCCUUUGAUUAAGUACGUUUUCGUUGUCUUACGGGCAAACGAUAAUGGCGACGGAGGGACGUUCGCACUAUACUCUUUGCUAUGUCGAUAUGCCAAGGUUGGUUUGACUCCGAGUCAACAAGCAGAGGAUCGGGAUGUCUCAAAUUUUGAGCUGGAGUUGCCGAGCAAACGCCUAAAGAGAGCAUCAAGGCUGAAAUCUAAAUUAGAGAACAGCCCCUUCGCCAAAGUCUUCUUAUUAUUCGCCACCAUGCUUGGUACUUCCAUGGUCAUUGGCGACGGUGUUCUCACUCCUUGCAUCUCAGUUUUGUCGGCUGUUGGAGGGAUCAAAGAAGCUACAUCUGCAAUGACAGAAGAUCGGGUUGUUUGGAUAUCAAUAGCCAUCCUGAUUUGCCUCUUCAUGGUUCAAAGAUUUGGAACUGAUAAAGUGGGCUACACUUUUGCACCAAUCAUUUGUGUUUGGUUUACACUGAUUGGUGGCAUUGGUGUCUACAACUUCAUCAAGUUUGAUCCUACGGUGGUCAAAGCCCUAAAUCCACAAUACAUAGUAGAUUACUUCAGGAGGAACAAAAAAGACGCUUGGAUUUCUCUUGGUGGCAUUGUCCUUGCCAUAACAGGAACUGAAGCAUUGUUUGCUGACGUGGGCCACUUCACAGUCCGAUCCAUUCAAAUAAGUAUGUGCGCAGUUACUUAUCCAGCUCUCAUCUUGGCAUACACUGGACAAGCCUCUUUUCUUCGCAACCACCAUCAUCUUGUUUAUGAAACCUUCUUCAAGUCUAUACCAGGGCCACUGUAUUGGCCGAUGUUUGUGGUGGCUGUAUUGGCAUCAAUCAUAGCCAGUCAAGCCAUGAUUUCAGGGACUUUCUCUAUAAUCCAACAGUCACUGUCAUUAGGGUGUUUCCCUCGUGUCAAAAUCGUGCACACAUCGGCCAGGUACGCAGGACAAGUUUACAUUCCGGAGGUCAACUACCUUCUCAUGUUGGCUUGCGUUGGUGUCACUUUCGGUUUCCGAACCACUGCAAAGAUUGGCAAUGCAUACGGUAUAGCUGUGGUGUUUGUAAUGACGCUUACGUCGUCGUUUCUAGUGCUAAUCAUGAUAAUGAUAUGGAAAACCAACAUAUUUUUGGUCAUCUCAUAUGUUCUUGUCAUUGGAAGUGUGGAGUUAAUGUAUCUAAGUUCGGUGCUCUACAAAUUCGACCAAGGUGGAUAUCUUCCCCUCGCCUUUGCCAUGGUCUUGAUGAUUAUAAUGUUUGUGUGGAAUGAUGUGCAUCGGAGAAAGUACUAUUACGAGCUUGAUCACAAAAUCUCUCCCGUACAACUCAAGGAAAUUGCUGUUAGCGCAAACUUUUGUCGAAUGCCUGGCCUCGCCAUGUUCUAUUCGGAGCUUGUUCAAGGCAUCCCUCCGAUCUUCAAUCAUUAUGCAGCAAAUGUGCCUGCAUUGCACUCGGUCCUUGUUUUCGUCUCCAUUAAAUCGUUGCCUAUAAGCAAGGUUCCAUUGGAAGAGCGAUUUCUUUUUCGGAGAGUAGAGCCUAAGGAGCUCAAUGUGUUUCGAUGUGUUGCAAGAUAUGGGUACACAGAUGUUCGAAAUGAGCAUGAACCCUUUGAAGGGUUGUUGGUGGAGAAAUUGAAAGAGUUCAUAAAGGAUAGUUUUUGGAUAUCUCAAAGAAAUAUGGACGAUAAUAAUGGGGAGAAAUUUGACAUCAAGGAGGAGGAAUUCGAUGACGGGCUGGCUAACGGCGAGAAUGGCAACGAGGAUGUGAAGCAAGUUGAUGAUCAAGAGAAGCAACAAGAUUUACUGGACGAAGAGAUUGAAGCCAUAGACAAAGCAUGGAGGUGGGGGGUUGUUCACCUAAUUGGAGAAAAUGAAGUGACUGCUGCAAAAGGAGCUGGUAUAGUUAAAAGAAUUUUAAUUGAUUAUGCUUACAACUUCUUGAAGAGGAAUUUGAGACAGAGUGAUAAAGUGUUUGAUAUUCCUCACAAACGCAUGUUGAAAGUGGGCAUGACUUAUGAACUUUAGAAAAAAGAAGAAAGAGGAGACAUGAUCGAGUUUGAGUACAGCUUCAGAAAAUAGAUAAAUAAUCCAAUACUGACAUACGUAUCCAUGUCGUAUAGAAUGAAUGAUUAGACACUUAAUUAAGCUCAUUUCCAAUCUUUUAAUUCUAGCCAAAAGUCAUUAUAUAUAUAUAUGUAUGUUUUUUUUCCCAAGAAAGGGAGAUUAUAUUGAGUAACUCCAGAAUCAAAUUUUGUUACAGCA